AUGUCAUCGAGCACGUUCACAUGCCUGAAACAGAACGGGUACAGCUUCUUCAUCGCUCGUGCUUGGGAAAGCGUUGGAAACUACGAUGAGACAGGAAUCCAGAAUAUCAAGAACGCCCGAGCAGCCGGCUGGGAAUACGUCGAUGCCUACAUUUUCCCUUGCCUGAAGAGUACAUGCGCUGCUCCAGCGGCUCAGGUCGAAGCCACAGUCAAUCGUCUCAAAUCGGAAGGAGCACAGUUUGGCAUGAUCUGGCUGGAUAUUGAGAUUUACGCUUGGCCAAAUGAUCAGAAUUACAACAGGAACUUCAUUACUGCUAUGGGCAACCAACUUAAUUCUAUGGGUGUUAAUUGGGGAAUUUACACCAACAACAACAACUGGGGCAGCAUUGUCGGUAUCAACUGGAAUCAAUGGGCAAGCCGACCACUCUGGUGGGCCAACUACAAUGGACAUCAAGACUACACCAAUUUCGUGCCAUUCGGUGGAUGGUCAAAGCCAUCUAUUCAUCAGUAUGCCGGUGAUUACAAGGGACCCUGCGGUGUCGAUCUUGAUCUUAACUGGUAUUGA